AUUUCAUAAUUGCUACCUUUAUCAUUGCACUGUUUAACGGGUGUGUAAUAUUUUCUUCAUCACAGGUCUUGGAUACAAAAGACAUACAGGUUUUUAAAGUGACUGUAAAUGGACAGGAUGCACAGUUUGCUUUUGGAGAAAAGCAUAGUUUCAAGGGGACCUCCCUGAAAAUCACAUUUCCGUUUGAACUAAGAAGGGGACAAGAAGCAAUUGUCGAAAUCUCUUUUGAGAGCUCUCCAAAGUCUUCAGCUCUCCAGUGGUUUACUCCAGAGCAGACUUCUGGAAAGAAACACCCAUUUCUCUUCAGCCAGUGUCAGGCUAUCCACUGCAGAGCCAUUUUUCCAUGCCAAGACACACCUGCUGUGAAACUAACCUACUAUGCAGAGAUUUCCGUCCCAAAAGAGCUGGUGGCUCUCAUGAGCGCGAAUCGCGACGGAGAGGUGCCUGACCCAGAGGACAGCAGUCGGAAGAUAUACCGUUUCAGUCAGAAUGUUCCCAUACCUUGCUACUUGGUUGCUUUAGUGGUUGGAGCUUUAGAAAGCAGAAAGAUUGGGCCAAGGACACUCGUGUGGGCUGAAAAGGAGCUAGUGGAUAAAUCUGCCUUUGAAUUUUCUGAGGCUGAAGCUAUGCUGAAAACAGCAGAAGAUUUAGCAGGACCUUAUGUUUGGGGACAAUAUGAUUUGUUAGUCUUACCACCUUCUUUUCCUUAUGGUGGUAUGGAGAAUCCUUGUCUUACUUUUGUAACUCCAACACUAUUGGCAGGUGAUCGAUCUCUAUCAAAUGUUAUUGCUCAUGAAAUCUCUCAUAGCUGGACAGGAAACUUGGUAACCAACAAAACAUGGGAACAUUUUUGGCUGAAUGAGGGACAUACUGUGUACCUGGAGCGCAGGAUCGGCGGGCGGUUGUUUGGUGAGCAGUUCAGGCACUUCCAGGCACUAGGAGGUUGGAGAGAACUGCAGAAUACG